AUGGCGAAACGGCGGCUGGCUGGACUAGAGCGGAAGUUAAAGAAAAAUCCCGAAUUGCAAGAAGCGGUGCAUAAGCUAGUACAAGAGUACGUAUUGAAGGGGUAUGCACAUAAGAUUACUAAAAAGGAACUAGAAGAAACUCCAGCAUGCAGCGUGUGGUAUCUCCCACUGAAUAUAGUUCAGAAUCCUCGUAAGCCAGGAAAAAUAAGACUUGUGUGGGAUGCAGCGGCGACAGUUGGAGGUGUAAGUUUAAACUCAGAGCUAUUGAAAGGACCUGACAUGCUGUGCUCAUUACCAUCCGUGAUAUUCCCGUUUCGUGAACGACGUGUUGGAUUCGGAGGUGACAUUAAAGAGAUGUAUCACCAAAUAAGGAUAAAUGAGAAGGACAAGCAGGCUCAACGGUUCUUGUUCCCAACUAACCGCGAUGAAACGGAUAUUUUUGUGAUGGAUGUAGCAACAUUCGGAGCGACGUGUUCUCCCAGCAGUGCGCAGUACAUAAAAAACCUGAACGCAGAGGAACAUCGCGAAGAAUAUCCAGAGGCUUGUGCGGCUAUACAAUUUCGUCAUUACGUUGACGAUUACUUCGAUAGUGCUGAUACUGUUGACGAAGCGGUGAAAUUAGCUAAGGAAGUGAACAUUGAGGAGCAAUGGAACGAAAUGGUCGAAACGCGCUUGGCACUGAGCAGCAGGUUAGAUCGCGAAAUUGUAACAAAACUCCAGCGAAUGUUUGAAAUCUGCAAUCCUUUGACCACUAUAUUCCGUCACGCGUACGAGCGGAUGGCACGCCUGGAGGACGUACGGUUGCACAUUCAUGCGCGAUUGCCCGGUCUUGAUCAGCGUCGCUAUAACCGACCCAUCGCUGAAGAAAUUGGUGGUAUAUUCCUCAGCUCCGAGAAUGGUCAACCGCGUGAUAUCGUCCUGCAGAACCGCACUACCGGGAGCCUCAUCCGGGUAUACGAAUCUCACCAGAUGUUUGAUGCGUUUCAAUAUCCGAUCCUACAUCCAUACGCUGAAGUAGGCUGGUCGUAUGGCAUGCCAAAGGAACUGCGUCGUGUUUAUGCUCAAGCAAAUGGCCGCACUGGCGAUGACCAACCCGACGGUAAUGCUGCUUUGGUACAAGACGAAGGUUUACGCUCAUCACGACAAAUAACUCCCCGCGAACAUGCCGCCUAUCGGUUAUGUACACGGGACGGGGAUAUGUCAUUGAUACACCGUGCCGAACGACUGCUGCAACAGUAUAGUGUAGAUCAAUGUUGUAAAAUUGAAGAGCAACGACUGAAAUAUCAACGGGAACACCAGGCGCAGCUACGAGCCGAUGCUUACUCUGGUAUUCUGGACUACGCAGGUUUAGCAGAUAACCAAACUCUCGAUGAAACUACCAGUCACGGACGAACGUUGGAUCGCGCUGGGUCGCGUAUUAUUCUUGCACCAACGUUUCCCGGCAGCGACCGGUUCAUGCGGGCCCAAUACCAGGACGCAAUGGGCAUUGUACGUGCGUUAGGAAAACCCGAUCUCUUCAUUACAGUUACUUGCAACCCAAAGUGGCCAGAAGUAACCGAAGCGUUGUUUCCACAACAACAAGCCGCUGAUCGACCGGAUCUCACAGCUCGCGUUUUUCGUCUAAAACUUAAAGCCAUCCUAAAAGACCUUUCAGCGGGUGUGCUUGGGCUUGAGAUAGCACGCAUACACGUGAUCGAGUAUCAAAAACGUGGUCUCCCGCAUGCCCACUGUCUGGUGAUUCUGAGUGAUGCUGACAAACCACGGUCGGCAGCCGACUACGACCGACUGGUGUCAGCUGAAAUUCCUGACUCGGCAAACGAGGAGCUUUAUGACACGGUGCGCAAGUGCAUGAUGCACGGACCAUGUGGUCGGUCGAAUCCACAAGCACCCUGCAUGAAAGACGGCGUGUGCUCGAAAAAAUUUCCCAAGCAAUUCACCAACGAAACACGCCAGGCAGAGGACGGUUAUCCAGUUUAUCGACGCCGCAACGAUGGCCGCACUGUCAUUGUUAAAGGUGUACCAUUGAACAACUGUUAUGUGGUGCCGUACAACCCAUGGCUAUGUAAUAAGUACGACUGCCAUAUCAACGUUGAAGUGUGCUCGAGCGUGGCCAGUGUGAAAUAUUUAUACAAAUAUGUCUACAAGGGCCACGAUCGUGUUGCCGUUUCUGCUGCUGAGUCUUUGGACGAGAUACAGCAAUAUUUGGACGCUCGAUACAUUUCUGCGUCUCAGGCCAUGUCGACCAUCUUCGGCUUUGAGAUGCAGGCCAAAACGGUAACUGUUGUUCAGUUGCCAAUACAUUUAGAACAUCAGCAAAGUGUCGUAUAUCGAGCGAACGAUAAUAUGGAUUCCGUGCUUCAACGAGGCCACCACACCAUGCUGACGCGCUUCUUCCAGCUGGCAGCAAACGAACCGAGCGUCCGUUCACUAACGUACCAGGAGAUCCCGGCCCAUUAUCGAUACGCUAAACCCUCGCGGCGAUUACCGUGGUACGAUGGCACAGGAAACCAAUGGAUCCCGCGCAUUCGUCAGACCGACAUUGUAGUUGGCCGUAUGGUUUACUGUCCCAUGUCGCAGAUGGAACGUUACUGCUUGCGUCUGAUGUUAUGCUACCGAAAGGGUCCUACAUCAUUCGAGGAUCUGAGGACAGUUGACGGUACGAUUUGUGCAUCCUACCAGCAAGCAGCCAUCAUGACCGGACUACUGCAGGACGAUCUUGAGUGGGAACGAGCGCUCCAGGAAGCCGUUUCGUUCCGAAUGCCCCAUCAACUGCGCCAACUAUUUGCCCUCAUCCUUUCAGAAGGUAUGCCGCAAAAUCCACGUCGACUUUGGGAGGUGUAUGCGAACCACCUAUGCGAAGAUUUUCAUUGGCAACAUAGGGAUCGAUACACUUCCGAGGAAUCGGACCAAAAUCGGUUGUUGCGUGCGGUAGAACAGUUUCGAAGCUUGCGUAUCAUCGACGAUUAUCUUCGCGGAACGACUCCUAUGAAAACACUGGCCAGUUUUCCGGACAUGCCACAGCUCGGUGAGUUUUCCGAUUUACCAGCCGAUCUCCUCCGAGUUGACCAUACGUCGAGUGAUAAUUUUCUGAUCGAUGCUGAGCGUUCAUACAGUAUCAGCGAACUGGAUGAAACACUUGCUUCGAUACAUGUGCUCAAUACUGAGCAGCGUAUGGUGUAUGAUAUUGUGAUUACAGCGGUGGACCGUAAUGGAGUGGGAACGGAUUGUCUUCUUCAAGAGGAACAAAUCCUGUUCUUUCUGGACGGACCUGGUGGCACCGGCAAAUCUUUCCUUCUUGAAAAGAUUUUGGCUUACACGCGUCGCCAGUCGAAGAUAGCUCUCGCUGCAGCAUCGAGUGGAAUCGCCGCAUUGCUUCUUAGUGGCGGGAAAACGGUGUACUCUACUUUCAAACUGCCCCUUACGUUAGAUGAGAACACGCAAUGCACCAUACCUGUCCAGUCGUCACUAGCGAACCUGAUGCGGCAGGCGUCGUUGAUCGUCUGGGACGAAGCUUCAAUGAGCAGUCGCUACGCCCUCGAAGCCGUCGACCGUACUCUGCAGGACAUCGUGGGUGUACGUCGGUCAUUUGGUGGUAAGGUGAUGUUGCUCUGCGGUGACUUUCGCCAGAUUUUACCAAUCGUCCCGAAAGGUACUCAUGCACAAGUGGUGCAGCAGUGUAUCAAAAAGAGUGAACUAUGGCAACAGUUCCAAGUUUUGCGCUUGAAAACUAAUAUGCGGGUUCAAACGGCACCGGAUGCGCAACAUGCAAAUGACAUAAAGGAGUUUGCCGACUUUUUGCUCCGCAUUGGAGAGGGCCGCCAUCCAACGUUCCUAGGAUCGGAUCCUUCAAUUGCCAAGCUCCCUCGCGACAUGGUACUGCCCCGUACAACCAACCUGGAGGCCGACGUUCGAUCGUUAAUCAGCCGAGUUUACCCGGAUAUUAGACAAAACUAUCACCAACCGCAAUAUUUUACUGAUCGUGCAAUCCUGUCACCGAAAAACUUGGAUGUAACAGCCAUUAAUAAUACCGUUCUUCAACAACUUCCUGGUUCCGAAAAAGAAUACCUAUCAGUUGACACGUUGGUUAACCAAGAAGAGCAUGAUGCGCUACAGCUGCCCACUGAAUUCCUCCACUCGCUCAACAUGAGCGGAAUUCCGGUUCAUCGGCUUCUUCUAAAGCAAUAUACACCGGUAUUACUUUUGCGAAAUCUAAAUACCGAACGCGGACUGUGCAAUGGGACGCGCCUGCAAAUCAUCGCACUUAAAUCGAACUGCUUACAUGCACGAAUUUUGACUGGCAAACAUCAAGGAGACGACGUGCUAUUGCCCCGGAUCUUCUGUGACAGCAACGAUGCGAGCCUUCCAUUUCAAAUCCGUCGCAAGCAGUUUCCAGUCCAGGUUUGUUUUGCGAUGACAAUUAACAAGGCGCAAGGCCAGUCCCUGCACCAUCUUGGCCUGUACUUGCCCAACGAGGUGUUCGCGCACGGACAGCUGUACGUAGCACUGUCCCGAGUAACCUCGCGAUCAAAUGUAAAGGUGCUCAUCGUGAACCCUGAGCGAGAAAAUCAAAACGGUGUUGCGGUGAAGAAUGUCGUGUACCAAGAGGUUAUCAGGGAUUAA